GUUAAAAUCCAGCGCGUCGAUUGGUCGAUUGGAGACACUGGGGUACGCCCACUGCUUCCUAUAUAUCACACAAUCGUUUCCCUUCUCGUGUUCCCUCACGAGACUACACGAGAAUGUCGGACGAAAAAGAAAAUAGUGUCGAUCGAAAUUGGACUUUUAACGUUAAAUUAGUUUACGAAUCAUUCCAGGAAUGCGCCGAGAAUUCCGAUGCCUUAAAAAUGGAGUGUUACCUGACUGCUUAUCGGGAAUUGUAUAGAUUCUUUCUUGCUCUUGGAUCUGUGUUCGGAUUUGUGGCAUCUGAUAUUAUUAGCAAGAUAACAAUCUUAGAAAAUUUCUUAAAAUCCGACGUCGGUAAUAACUAUGCAACCAUUCAGUCAAUGAUAAAUUACGAAAAAGAAUUGGACUUAUUAAAUAAAGAUAAUAUAGUCUCUGGAUCACGCACAUUAUUGAGGCUUCACAGAGCAUUGAAAUUUAUUAGUGCUUUAAUGAGAAAACUUUCGUGUGCUCAACCCCACGAUAAAAUGGCGCCAAUUGCUCAAGAAUGCUACAAACAAACAUUAUCUAAAUUUCAUCCUUGGUUGAUAAGAAAUACUGCUCAUUUAGCAAUGUAUUCACUUUCUACAUGUCAAAAUCUUAUCGAAAAGGCCUGUGGUAACGAAGCAGAAAAUGUUGCAGAAGAAAUGGGAAAACUCGCAGAUGCAGCAGACUUAUGCUAUGAUGUAACUCAAAGUUAUUAUGAAGAACACAAUUUACUAGAUCUUCCAUAAUUCAAAUGCAUUCCAACUUUGCAUUGCUUAUAAUUUAUUAAAACAAUUUUAUUAUUUAAUAUUGUUUUAAAAAUCAUUUGAAUUGCUACAAUAAUAAUAAAUUUAAAUAAUAUAUUA